AUGUCAAGUUCAAGUCAAUUAAACCAUGAAACUGAAAACUGGAAGACUGCUCUUACACUUCCACCAAAAGAUAGUAGACCACAAACUGAGGAUGUAACUGCAACAAAAGGAAAUGAAUUUGAGGAUUAUUUUCUCAAACGAGAACUAUUAAUGGGCAUUUUUGAAGCUGGUUUCGAACGCCCCUCACCUAUCCAAGAAGAAGCUAUCCCUCUUGCACUAGCUGGUCGUGAUAUCCUUGCCAGAGCUAAAAACGGCACAGGAAAAACUGCAGCAUUUGUUAUCCCUACAUUAGAAAAAAUUACCAAUACUCCAAAAAUUCAAGCCCUUAUACUUGUUCCAACACGUGAAUUAGCUCUUCAAACCUCUCAAGUAUGUAAAACACUCGGUAAACAUUUAAAUAUUCAAGUUAUGGUGACCACAGGUGGUACUACUUUAAAAGAUGAUAUCAUGCGUUUAAGCGAAACUGUACAUAUUGUAGUUGGUACACCUGGACGUAUCCUAGACUUGGCAUCAAAAGGUGUUGCAGAUUUUAGCGCUGCACAUACAUUUGUCAUGGAUGAAGCUGAUAAACUGUUAUCUCCUGAAUUUACACCCAUUAUUGAACAACUUUUGGAUUACUUUCCUAAGAACAAACAAAUCAUGUUAUUCAGUGCAACAUUCCCUAUGAUUGUAAAAAAUUUUAAAGACAAGUACUUGGUUAAACCUUAUGAGAUCAAUUUAAUGGACGAGUUGACAUUACGCGGUGUAACUCAAUACUAUGCUUAUGUGGAAGAAAAACAAAAGGUGCAUUGUUUAAAUACUUUAUUCUCAAAGCUUCAAAUCAAUCAAUCUAUUAUAUUCUGUAAUUCAACAAAUAGAGUGGAACUCUUGGCAAAGAAGAUCACUGAAUUGGGUUAUUCUUGCUUUUAUUCUCAUGCUAAAAUGCUACAAAGUCAUCGCAAUCGUGUAUUCCAUGAUUUCAGAAAUGGUGUUUGCCGUAACUUGGUUUGUUCAGACCUUUUGACCCGUGGUAUCGAUAUCCAAGCAGUCAAUGUUGUCAUCAACUUUGAUUUCCCCAAGAAUGCUGAAACUUAUUUACAUCGUAUUGGUCGCUCCGGCCGUUUUGGUCAUCUUGGUUUAGCUAUCAAUUUGAUUACAUAUGAAGAUCGAUUCAAUUUAUACAAGAUUGAACGCGAACUAGGAACCGAAAUUCAACCUAUUCCUCCUGUUAUUGACAAAAGCCUUUAUGUUGCGCCCAAUGCUUUGGAAGAUGCACAGAUACAACAACCUAAUAAACAACAAGCUAAUGCAACACGCCAGCAUCAACAAAGUACUGAACAACAAGAUCAAACACAACAACAGGUUGUAAAUGGUCAACAACCUCUUCAAGGACAGCAACAACAACAACAGCAACAACGUCAAUAUUAUAGUCAUCAGCAACGCCAUCCCCACUAUCACAAUAGAUCAAAUAACUGGCGUGGACGUGGAAGAGGUGGAGGGCACCAUCAUUCAAACCGAUCUACACAGAAACAACAACCUUAUCAACAAUAG